AUGCUAGUGUUUGGUUAUUGGGCGUCCGAUGCCUACCGCCAAGAACGAGCUAAACUGAAAUAUGCAAACCCAAAGUACAUAAAGGAUCCAGUAGUAUUCACUGGUAGAAGAAACCGAAAUUCUCCGUACCAGACCAACAUGAGCUGCACAAUAUUGGUGCCUUUUGGAAAUAAUGUUAGCUUUGCGACAACAUUCACAAUGGUAUCUGGUGGAGAUUUCCGCCUGGUGACAAAAGCAUGUGACUGCAGUAAAUCCAAGUGGAUACACGACUUCAUGCAAUCGUACACAAACUUGACACUUAAAAAGUGCCCCUAUCCUCCUGGAAGAUACGCGUAUUACAACAUAGAAUUACCUCCAAAGAAUAUUCCCCUACCAAUAGUUAAAGGUGACUACUGGAUCAAGUUUGAGUUCUUCGUGACCGAUACGAAGGAGCCUAUUGUAGAAGUCGACUCAUUACUGCACUAUGAUCCGACGGCCAAUGCUAAGAGAUCGAAGGGAAAGAAGGGUUAA